AUGAACGUUACAGUUUUGGAUGAUGAUCGGGAAGGGCAAGACGACGACGAUGGCAUCAACAACAAUGUCGCUAUUAUCCUGACUUAUUACGCUCUCGUCUUGGUGAUCGGGAUUCCUGGCAAUGUCAUCAUCCUCCUCAUAUACGGCAGGAAGAAACGAAAGACGAGCACAGAUGUGUUGAUCAUCGGCCAGGGUAUCGUCGAUUUCCUCGCCUGCGUCUUCACCCCCGCCCUCAUCAUCCGCAGCUGCUUCUAUUCGUUGGUAACGACCGGUCUUUGCCGCUUCGCCUACCUCGCCGAGACAUCGGGUGCAUUCAUGUCACUAUUCUUCACAACCGUCAUCAGCGUCGACCGCUACCUGGCGGUAUGCCGUCCCCUACGACGUCACGGUCGCCUCACGAAGAGGUCGUCGAUUUUGGCAUCGAUGGUCGUCGUGGGCGUCGGCGUCGCCAUCAACAUACCCGGAACGGUAUUCGAGGUCGCGCGUUCGGAAUUGAGAGGCGAUAAAUGCACCCAAAUGAUAUCGUACAUGGCGACCUUGAUGAUGUCAGUAGCCUUUGUGCUCAUAUUCGCCUUGUCGUUGAUUACGAGCUCGAUCAUGUACAUGAUCAUAUACGCUUUCCUCCAAAAGAGAGCUAAGAUUCACGACAAGCUCGUAGGCAAUACAGUCCCCAUCGCCACCAUCCAACCUAGCAAGGUUGUGAAGAGCUUGGUGACUGCUGAUUCUCUAACCUCCAACUUCAAAAUGCAUAUUGAUAAUAGCCUCUUCGUAGAGAACAUAUCAACGGAUAUAACAUCGAUAAAAACGGACAACCUUUCACCGACAGCCAACUUCCUGCCAUAUUCUGCUGGAUCGACGAGGCUGUCGAGGUCCGAUCCGAUGUCCAAGAGGACACACCUGGACCCCGAUGGUUCUUGCCAAGCUGUCAUUGUCACACAUGGCAACGCCCAAUCACCGCCAUACCCAAGUCAACCCAGGAAACAAUUUUCACGACCUUCGUUUCUCAGCCGCCUUUGCCGUCGUCAACUUCCGAAUCGUGCACGUGCGUCGAAAUCAAAAGAGUCCGAUAUGGGUCGGAAGACGACGCGGAUGUUGCUCGUCAUCACCGUCUACUUCUUCGCCACUUGGAUGCCCCAGAUCGUUUACAGCGUCCUCUCUAAGAACGUCCUCAUCGCGAUCGAUCGAAAUCGAGUUCUUGAUACAAUCUUCGAAGUCCUGACUGCACUGCGGCUCACCAACCACAUCGUCAACGCCUUCGUCUACUCCGUGAUCAAUGACGGAUUCAGGACUUCGUUACGGCAGAUGUUUUCUCUGAGCCGUAAAAAGUAG